GUCAGACGAAGGGUUUACGGGUAGUAUUGUGCCUCGAAUGAUACUACCGAUCGACUCGCCGUGCACCGCGGUGUGACAGUGUCCAUUGUCGAUGUCGAAGCUAUACUUGGAGUAUGUCACAUCCACCUAUGUACGCUGUCAAGUGCAUGCACUCUCAAGUGCCUCUCAGAGUAUAAAAGGGCUCUACUGUAGCUCCCAAAUCUCAUCACUCUCCUACACCAGCCUCACACAGCCAAACUUCCUCACUUCGACCACCUGCAAUGUCGCUCACUCUCAGAGUCAAUAUCGAUGAGGACCAAGUCAAAUUCCUGAAGGAACAGGGCUUCGACCUCUUCCUUGCGAAGCUGGUUAAGGAUCAAGCCAAAGCCAACGCGAUUUGGAAGAGUAAUUCAGCGUACGUUGCUUCCAACACGUUCCAAUGGCAUCCAGUCUACGCUAUCGCUGGGUCAGAAACUGUGAAGCCAGGCGCCCUCAUCUCAGCUUCCACGAAGGUGAAACCCAUCGGGUACGGCCAGUCGAUCGAGAUUGACAAGGACGGCAACAUCACCAACCCCACGAACCCGGUCAAUCCAGGCCAGCCGUUCAGGCUCGCCAAUAGGAGCCCCAAUACCAAUUUUGCCGCAGCCGUUUACGCAGUGGACCCAGCCGACCCAAAAGCUGAAUUUUCGAAUCCCUUCUUCAUCAGCAAAUCUCUUGGAAAAGACUUCACCGUCGAUAUCUUGCCGCUCGAGACCGUGGUGCUUUGGUUUGGACAGGCUCAGAAAACCAGCACGGUCAUUGCCGACUAUUCCGGCCCCAUUUUGACGGUUGUUUAUGGCGAAGGAGACAGUACACACACCGCUAAGUGGACGAAAGGUGGUUGGGAGCUUGUUGUUUGAUCGCGCAGAGUCUGUACUUAGUCCUGUAUAGCCAUGUGAUAGCUUUCGUCGCGUCUUGACUCCGAAUCAGCCUUGAAUACUUCUAUAAACACUACAUCAACGC